GAUUACAACUAAUUGAUCCCCAGGCUCAUGUUUGCGAUUGAGUAUCAUAUUAUUGUGAUAUAUCGUGGGGCCGCAGCGAACGUGGUUUCAGUUCAUAAUUCACUAAAAAUAUUAAAAAAACUGUACACAAUGAUAGUAAAAUUAAUAUUGUGCCUAAUUGUGGUUGUUCGUGCAAAUCCAGCAAACAACGAAUGUAAAGAAGUACAUUUAAAUAAUAAACCUCAUAAAAAAAUUGUAAUAGGCAUGGGGUUAAAUCGCCCAUAUCAGCUAGCCUACGACCAUAAAGAACACAAAGUUUUCUUCAGUUACAACAUUGGGAACGACACUGAAGAUACAUUUCAAAUUGGCUACAUAAAGAAAGAUCAUAUAAAACACGAAGACGUUCCAGAUGUGAAAAAUGGAUUCGCGAUCGCAGUCGACAACAAAGAUAAUAUCAUUUUCUUCGGAGGCAGUGAUGGUAUUUAUGAGCAACAUCUCAAACCAAACAGUACAGUCAAAAAAAUCGUUAGCAAUCAUAAUAUUUGGGACAUGUUCUUCAAGCAUCAUCUUUACUUCAUUAACUAUCCAAAUCAGCAUCUGUACAAAUGUAUUCGUGGGAAACAUGGUGUCGAAACUGAACAUCAAAGACAUAUUCACGAAAAAAUAUAUCAAUUUGUAAUUGAUGGGGAUGAUGAUACUUUCAUCACAAAUGAGACUGGCUUGUAUAGAAUUAAGAAUGAUACAGACCAUCGGAUCUUUUACGGAGAGCCUACAAUUUUUCGAGCUAUUGAAGUUAACAAUAAAGGUGUGGCCUAUUUUAGUGCCAAAGACGGUAUUUAUGUUGCUAAUAAAACGAGUAACACGCUGGAGAUUGUGGCCCGUAUGAAAAAUAUUUUUGGUCUUGCCUUUGAUAAAGAUGACAAUAUUAUUUACUCGAGUCCGUACGAAAUCAUUAAAUUAUUGCCAGAACGUUGCAAAUGAACGGUCUGUCUAUUAUAUAUGCUUCAAUGCUCGAAAGUACCAAUUAUGUUGUAAUUUGUAACGGUAUAUGUUAAAAAAAUGUUCGAAUGUAAAUUACGUGUUGCUGUAAAUAUCCGAUUUAUUUACAAGCAUCGAUUCAAUAAUAUAAUAUUGAAUGUUAUUAUUCAAACUUUUUGUGGUUACACCUACCCACCUAUACAUAUACCUACGUACGUAC